UUGUUAUCUAGUGCAGCGCAGAUAGACAUGCGUUUUCCGUGUCUUAAUGCCAUCCAGCGGUUCACAUACCAACGCGAGACCUGGACGCAGCGCGACCAGGACCGGCUAAUCCGCAUGAUCAACACGAAAUACCGCAACACGGUCCCGGGCAACUGGGACGUAGUGGUGCAGCUCCUCAAGGACGCGUCGGCCAACCACCGGAAGCCAUGGACAGCCGAGCUGCUGACAGAGCUGCAGGACCUGCGGGUGGGCAGCCGGUCACCGAACUCGUGCAGGACGUUUUGGCGCAGCCAGCAGAAGGUGCCCAGUGGUAAAUGGUCAGAAAAGGAGCGCAGGCGGCUCGUCGAGGUUCUGGAGGCCACGCCAAAACACACCCGCGUGGAUGCCCAUUUUGGCGCAGAUCUGCACCGCGCGCGCGCCGCUCUCAGCUACCACACGUACAGCAAGUGGACGGCUGGGCGGAUCCGCACAUUAAUGGACUGCGUCGGCGGCGUUACGGUGUCGAUGUGCCAGACGAAAUACCAGGCAAUAAGAGCCAAAUCCGCGGCCUGCGGGGUUGCCCGGUGGACGGCCGAGGAGGUCGAUAGGCUGGACAGCGCAUCGGCUACCAAAACCACAAAGCAGUGCUACGUCAAAUGGUACCGGUGCCUGAGGCCCGCCAAAUAUCCGGCAGAAUAA